CGCCGGAUCGCGACGCCCUGCGGCGAGGGCGGGCGGGCGGCGGCGGCGGGGGAAGCCUCAUCCCCGUGCCCGUCCCCAUCCCGGUGCCGGUCCCGCCGCUGACGCAGCACCGCCGAGCCCCGGCCUCGGGCUCCCGCCGCCGCCGGAUCCAGCCCCGCGGGAGCGCGCCCCGGAUUGGACAUUGAUCCUAUGACGCAUGCCCGGAAGAAACAACUUUUCCUUCUGAAGCAUCCAGCUGGUUCUGCUGGCCAGGCUUCGUCCCCCCCAGGCAGCGGGAGGAUGGACAGGACACGGGCAGAGUGCGGCGAGCAGAGGGACGGGGGUGCCACCGAAAGCACCAACGGCCCGAGUGGGUUUGCGGGGACGAACAAAAGCAAGAAUUUGCAGGAAGUCCGCAAGACGUACCCGCUGCGGAGACGCCUGCUCCCUUCGGUGAACAAAAAGACCUGCAAAGUGCUCCUCACCAGGCUGGAGGAUGUGGCCGGAUCUCUGUCGAAGGAGACCCAGAGCUGCAAAAAAAAGGACCUUCCCAGUUGGCUGGAGGGCUUGGGACCUACCUUUUUUGCUGAACAAGUUAAGCCUGUGGGAGCGGGGAAGAGCGAUUCAUCUGGGGAAAAGUGCACAGUAACUUAUCCGGGGACAGACGAAGACCUUGACAGCGCUCCUUCGGAGCCCAGGAAGCGUAGGCUGGCCUCGCUGAACGCGGAGGCUGUGAACAAUCUGCUUUUUGAGCGGGACGAUGGCUUGUUGUCUGGCAGGCGCUUUCGGAGGGAUUCCACCAAAGCCGCUGGAGACUGUACGGUCAAGAGCUUGCAUUGCAAAGCUGGUGACAACUGGUCUGCCUUGGAGAAAACAGCUGUGAAAACAGGUAAAGGCAAAAACCGACACGAGCCCAGUCAGAAAUGCAGUAGCUGUGAGCAUUCACUGGAUGAGGUCUUUGAUGAUGGGACAAAGAGGGAGGAUGGUACCAUCCCCUAUCAUCCCACCCCAAAGAGACUGGCCAGCCUGAACGCUGUGGCCUUUCUGAAGCUGACCCAUGAGAAGGACCAGCCCCUGAAGCAGAGGAGUAAAUCAGACGGGGAGGGCAAGUCCGAGAACCACUGUUCGAAAUCUACGCUCAAGUGGGCCAAAGCCAGUCGGAAGAAUUGCGUCAAGUCUAAAAAGGAAGCAGCGAGCUUAAAAAUGGAAGGCCAGCACGGCUGGCGGGGGCUUACCCUGGGCGCUUUCGGGAAAGCGGAGCAGCGGGACUCCUCUAGGCUCUACAGGACGGCUGAACCUGUCCCUUACGAGUCACUGUCUAGCUCCUAUGCUAGCACAGAGAGUUUCUACCACAGACUGCCUUUGCUCAUGGGUGGACAAGCUUCCAUGAAGCCUGAGUAUGGAAGACCCGGAGAGAAAUCCCCAACUCCCAAGCAGGAAUUUCAUCAGCCUUCCUUUCCCGUGCAGCAGUUCCCUCCCUUGCCCGUUCCCGGGAAUCACACGGAUUGUGGAUGUCUCUAUGAGUCCUCGGAUCUGACUCCGCUGAACGGGUUUUACGUUUGUUAUGGCCAAAGUGGAUACAGUGGCUACUCUCACUGCUCGGUUUACCCCAAGGAUGAGCUUUCGCAGUCUGCGACCUGUGAGGGGCUCUUGGUAUCACCGGGCUCCUUGCCAUCGGGUGCUCAUUUCCAGCCCCUCCACUGGUGCAACUCCCCGUACUGCUGUGGAGAAGGGACGGCUAUUAACAGCUACAGCGUCUGCGGCGUCGUGCACGUGCCGGAGGGCAGGAUCAGCAGCGUGCACGCGGGACGGAACAGCUACCCCUACAAAAUGCCUUUUGCAGCAGAAGGCUGCAAGUCUCUGGACCAGCUGAACCUCACAAUCCCCGUGGCAGGGCACCCUGCGUCACCUGCCCACCCACUCUCAGGAUGCCCUGUACCCAGCGUGCCGCCAGCUGCAGAACCCGUUCCUCACCUGCAGACCCCCAACUCCGACCCUCAGACCAUGGCCCGGGAAUGUCCGCAGAGCUCGAAGCCCCCCAGCGGCUCCAAAUCCGGCCUCCGAAACACCACGGGCUGCCUCCACGCCUCCGACAGCAAGGCGGCGGGCGGCCACGGCCACCCAAAGCAGCAGCGCAUCAGCCGGCGACGGGCCACCAACGGCUGGAUACCCGUCGGCACAGCCUGCGAGAAGGCCGUCUACGUCGUGAAUGAACCUGAGCCAGCUGUUCGCAAGAGCUAUCAGGCUGUGGAGAGAGACGGGGAGAUUAUCCGGGUACGAGACACCGUCCUCUUGAAAUCAGGACCCAGGAAGAAAUCUAUGCCGUACGUUGCGAAGAUAUCAGCUCUGUGGGAAGACCCCAAAACAGGGGAGCUGAUGAUGAGCCUCCUGUGGUAUUACAGACCGGAGCACACUCAGGGAGGCCGUAACCCCAGUAUGCACCAGAAUGAGAUCUUUGCAUCCCGGCAUCAGGACGAAAACAGUGUUGCCUGCAUAGAGGAGAAGUGCUACGUGCUGACCUUUGCAGAGUACUGCAGAUUUUGUGCCUUGGCAAAGCGUCGAGUCGAAGGGAUCCCUGGCAGGAAAACCAUUAUGGUUCCUCCCUCAGAAGAGUACUCCACGCCUCUGCACCGCAAGGUGCCCGAGGACACUGACCCCGAGCUGGUUUUCCUCUGUCGUCACGUCUACGACUUCAGACACGGGCGCAUCCUGAAGAACCCGCAGUAGUGCCGCCCUGCAGCGGGACCACGGUGAGGGGCAAGCGGCACCGGAGAGCCGACGGCGGGCUGGCAGCCUGGGACAUGCGUGCGCUCGUGGCGACUCACCUCGUGCUGCUUGCAGACGAGAGCGCCCAGCGCUCUUUCCUCGGACUGAACAGCACGCGCAGGAGCAGAUCCCUGCGGAGGAAGGCAGCAGUUGAAAGCACAGCACUUCAUUAAAAGCAUAAAUGAAAAUAUAUACGUAUAAAAUAAAUAUAUGUAUAUAGAUA